AUUUUGGCAGCUCGUCAUCUUCGCCAUCUAUCCCGCCUCCCUGCUGUGCAGCCUUCUGCUCCCUGCUGUGGCUGCCUGGAGCGAGGACCCCAAGAAGCCCCGGUGCCUCCCUCAAGCUAGCACGCAGCAGCGCCCUCUCCUUCCUCCCUGCUUCGAAGGUGAGCACAAGAGGCUACUGCCCCCGCUGGCCCGCUACGCCACCACGCGGCCGCGCCUCGCCGCGCGCCGCCUCUCCUCCACGGCCGCGGCGCCAUGCCUUCCCCUCGACCCACCGCACGCCCCGCCCUCUUCCCUUCCUCCCCCGCCGGCCUCCGCCUCCUCCUCCGCCUCGCCCUUCCACCCGCUCGCCUCCCACCCGCACCCGGCCGUCGCAGCGUUCCCACGCGCCGGCUUCUCCGUCCUCGCCGACCACCCGCUCCUCGCGCGCGCCGUCCACGGCCUCGCCCUCCGCCGCUCGCUCCCUCUCUCCGCGUUCCACUGCAACACCCUCCUCGCCUUCUACUUCCGUCAGCGCACCUCCCCCGCCGCCACUCUCCACCUGUUCGACGAGAUGCCGCACAGGACCGACUCCUCCUGGUACACCGUCGUCUCCGGCUGCGUGCGCCACGGCCUCGACUCCACGGCCUUCGCCCUGCUGCGGGGCAUGCGGGAGCGCGACGUGCCCCUCAGCGGGUUCGCGCUCGCCAGCCUCGUCACGGCCUGCGAGCGCCGGGGCUGGGAGGAGGGCGCGGCGUGCGGCGCCGCCAUCCACGUGCUCACGCACAAAGCCGGGCUCAUGGGGAACGUGUACAUCAGCACUGCGCUCCUGCACCUCUACGGCUCCCGUGGGCUUGUGUCGGAUGCCCAGCGCCUGUUCUGGGAGAUGCCUGAGCGGAACGUCGUGUCUUGGACGGCGCUAAUGGUGGCAUUGUCAUCGAAUGGGUACUUGGAGGAGCCGUUGGCAGCUUAUCGUCGGAUGAGGAGGGAAGGUGUUCCGUGCAAUGCGAAUGCCUUUGCCACGGUGGUCAGCUUGUGUGGGUCACUCGAGGACGAGGCGGCCGGGCUUCAGGUCGCUGCCCAUGUGGUGCUCUCUGGCCUGCUGGGGCAUGUUUCUGUGGCGAACUCGCUUAUCACCAUGUUUGGGAACCUGGGGAGGGUGCAGGAUGCCGAGAGGCUCUUUGAUCGGAUGGAGGAGCGGGACCGGAUAUCUUGGAAUGCGAUGAUAUCCAUGUACUCACAUGGAGGGGCCUGCAGCAAAUGCUUUAUGCUACUUUCAGAUAUGCGUCAUCAUGGUGGAGUGAGUCCUGAUGUGACCACUCUGUGCAGCUUGGUAUCUGUCUGUGCCUCGUCAGAUCAUCUUGCCCUUGGAAGCGGGAUUCAUUCCCUGUGUCACAGGUGUGGUCUGCAUUCUUCAGUUCUCGUUGGUAAUGCCCUUGUUAAUAUGUACUCUGCUGCUGGGAGAAUGGAUGAGGCUGAGUCUCUGUUUUGGACCAUGAGCAAACGGGAUGUAAUAUCGUGGAACACUAUGAUUUCAUCUUUCGUGCAGAAUGGUAGCUAUGUUGAAGCACUUCAGACAUUAGGCCAGUUACUUCAAACUAACGAAGGUCCACCAAACCACAUGACAUUUUCCAGCGCUUUAGGAGCAUGUUCAAGUCCAGAAGCCUUGAUGGAUGGCAGAACAGUUCAUGCCAUGGUAUUGCAGCGGAGCCUUCAGAACAAUCUACUGAUUGGAAAUUCUCUCCUCACAAUGUACAGUAAAUGCAAUUCGAUGGAAGAUGCGGAGAGAGUAUUUCAGUCAAUGCCGUGUUGUGAUGUUGUUAGCUGCAAUGCGCUUAUUGGGGGCUACUCAACACUUGAGGAUGCUAUAAAUGCAAUGCGUGUAUUUUUUUGGAUGAGGGGUACUGGGAUAAAGCCAAAUUAUAUCACAAUAAUAAGUCUCCAGGGAUCUUGCAAAACUUCACAUGAUUUGCGCAGUUAUGGAAUGCCAUUGCAUGCAUACAUAACACAGACUGGAUUGUUGUCGAACGAGUACAUUACAAACUCACUGAUCACAAUGUAUGCAACCUGUGGUGAUUUGGAAUCUAGUUCUGAUAUAUUCUGCAGAAUCAAGAAUAAGAGCGUUAUUUCCUGGAAUGCCAUCAUCGCUGCCAAUGUACGACAUGGCCAUGGAGAGGAAGCUCUAAAGCUUUUCACGGAUUUGCAGCAUGCUGGAAACAAACUUGAUCGUUUUUGUCUAGCUGAAUGUUUGUCGUCCAGUGCAAGCUUGGCAUCAUUAGAGGAAGGCAUGCAGCUACACGGUCUUAGUGUGAAAUGUGGGCUGGAUCAUGAUAGUCAUAUUGUUAAUGCCGCAAUGGAUAUGUAUGGGAAAUGUGGAAAGAUGGAUGAUAUGUUGAAAAUGCUGCCUGAUCCUGCCAGUCGGCCUACGCAAUGUUGGAAUACAUUGAUAUCAGGUUAUGCAAGAUAUGGUUAUUUAAAGGAAGCUGAAGAUACAUUCAAGCACAUGGUCUCGAUAGGGCGAAAGCCAGACUAUGUGACAUUUGUUGCCCUCCUCUCGGCUUGUAGUCAUGCUGGUCUAGUAGACAAGGGCAUCAAUUACUACAACUCUAUGGCUUCUACAUAUGGUGUGCCCCCUGGAAUAAAACAUUGUGUUUGCAUAGUGGAUCUCCUUGGACGUUUAGGGCGAUUUGCAGAGGCAGAGAAAUUUAUUGAAGAAAUGCCAGUCUUGCCAAAUGAUCUAAUAUGGAGGAGUUUGCUUUCCUCUAGUAGAACUUACAAAAAUCUUGAUAUUGGGAGGAAAGCUGCCAAGAAUCUCCUGGAAUUGGAUCCAUUUGAUGACUCUGCGUAUGUUCUUUUGUCAAACUUAUAUGCUACAAACGCAAGAUGGGUAGAUGUUGACAAAUUAAGAAGUCACAUGAAGACCAUCAAGUUACACAAAAGACCUGCCUGCAGCUGGCUCAAGUUGAAGAAUGAGGUGAGCACAUUUGGUAUAGGUGACCGGAGUCAUAUGCAUGCAGAAAAGAUCUAUGCAAAGUUGGAUGAAAUCUUGCUAAAGCUCAGGGAAGUGGGCUAUGUGGCUGAUACCACAUCUGCGCUACAUGAUACGGAUGAAGAGCAAAAAGAGCAGAACCUGUGGAACCACAGCGAGAAGCUUGCAUUGGCAUACGGGCUUCUUGUUGUGCCAGAAGGAUCUACAAUAAGGAUAUUCAAGAAUCUCAGGGUCUGUGCAGACUGCCAUCUGGUAUUUAAGCUGGUUAGCAUGGUUUAUCACAGGGAAAUCGUUCUGAGAGAUCCUUACAGGUUCCACCAAUUCAAAGGUGGAUACUGCUCUUGUUCAGAUUUUUGGUGAGAUAGUCAUACACCAAUUCAGGUUUUUGGUUGUACAUGUCAACACAGGAUUCUCUCUCCCUCCAUCUGACACACAUAUGAAAACUGAUGGAGCUGACUGUCAAACUCAGACCCUCCCUUUGUAUAUAAAGAAGUGAAUUAUCCAGGACAAAUGUGAGUUUCUUUUUUUGUUCUUCAGCCAUGUAGAUGUAUCUCUACUUGUUCUCUUCACACAUAACUCUACAUAGAGGUAGCUACACAGUCAUUCUGGAACUGGAACCCGUGUUCAGCAGAGUGUUCUCUAUUCAGAUAGGCCAAGGCGGUCUCGUCACAGAAGACCAGCACUGGAAGAGGCUUAGUAGCCAUAUUCCCGGAACCGUCCCCGGAACCGGAACGUUCCCGGAACCAGGAACAACGCUUAUGAAGGAUUUUUACACUAAAUUGUUCCUGGAACGUUCCCGUUCCCGUUCCGGAACGAGGAACAUGGAACGAGGAACGUGGCCACGUUCCACGUUCCCGGCUUCUAUGGGAAGAGGAGUAUAUAUAUCCUUGAGGUGAGCAGCAGUGAGCUUGGUAGGGCAGUUAUAGAUUUGCCAACAAUUGAGGCGUUAUCAUUGAGUGAUCCCCCACUCCUGGCCCCUCAAAUACCUGAAGAGUUUGAUGAUGAAUAUCCUGCGUAUGCAUAUUUCUCUGUUUUGUAUUUCGUAUCAAAUUUUAGCAAUAAGAAGUGAAAGAGAAUUUUUACAUGUAGUUACAUCUUUUGGAUAAUGUGAAAAAUAAUAGAGUAUAGUAUGUGAUUGGCACAACACCAAGACAUCAAGCACUGUAAGCCAAAUGGUUUAGUUGCUAAAUUUUUUGCUGCCCUUGGAAACUAAUAUAUUUCUGCCCUCAUAAUGUAUUAUAAUAAAUUUAUAAUGACCAAUGAGCAAGAAAUUGUGUCUUACCGCUAAGGAGACUAGAACAAGACUGGAAGCUGGUAUAAGUUAGCCUUUUGUCGUUGGCGUUUACAAAAACUUUUCAAUCUUUGCGGGCAACCUGAGCCUGUAGGAUAUGAAAUUGGAACUGUUGGUCCACAGACUCUUCACUGUUCAGUCCGCCCACCCCGCCCCCAAGUGGUUGGGAGGAGUUCGAGGACAAGCUAGAUUUGAGGAGCAUGCCGGUAAUGUGAACAGCAGUGAGGUUGGUUCAACAGUUACUGUUCCAUCAGAAUAUGCAUUAUCUGCAAGGGACUCAUCUUUAAUACCUGAAUCAACCGAAGAGAAGCCCCCCAAAGAUUCAGAUGCCGAGUACAUACAAUUGUAGUGCUUUUAAUGAAGGAGGAGUCGUUGCUUUUGCUUAGAGAAUACUUUCUUAAGAAUCCUCCGACCAGCCUCAGGGAGGCUUUUGAUCAAAUUAUAGCUGCUGAACAUGCUGCUCAGGGUAGAGAGCCACCACUACCAAGAAAACAAUUCUCAGUUGAUCAGGAAACCCAAUCUUUUCAGGCAGAAGAACAUGGUUCUGCUACCGGUGCUCCAUCUGAGUGUGUAACAUUAAGACAACCAAGGGCAUGUGGUUUAAAUUUGGUCUGCCCUACUUCGACACUGAUGGUGCAAGAUAGGACCCCAUGUUCUGCGGAUGUUGUAAAUUAUCCAAUUACCACUCUUAUGCUACACACAUUGAUAUAUUCUACCCUAUUUGUUUUACUUGGCAAAAAGUUAGGGUUGUUGGUAACAUUUCUGCAGCAUUGGGUUUCUUAAAACCUACUGCUCCCUGGAGCUCUCUCUGCAUUUCCUGUGCCGCGUGGCAUGCAGCAGCGAGGCUGGCCGCCCGCGGUCGUCUCCUGUGCUCAUCCCGAAGGGCGGCGGCUCCACGGUGGCGCGGCCUCGCCGACGAGCCCACACAAGGCAGCAUGGAGUCUGGAGAUCGAAACCGGCGGCGGCGCGGCCUCAUCCACAAGGUAUUCCCCAACGCAUCCUCCCUUUGUCCGCUCCCUGCCUCCUAGGGUGCGCACCCGCUACCCGUCCUGAAGUAUCGCUAGACAUCGGAUAAUUUUGUUCGUGCCUAACCAUUUGUGUGAAUUAACUGCAUCUUCCUACUAAUUUGAGAACCUCCCCCGUCGCUGCUCGUGACCUACCUCUGCGACGGCGUCCUCGCUGAACCCCCUCUAUGUAACAACUCAAGUCAUAUCCACCCACUGCUUUCAUCUAGAUCUGCUGCUGGCCAUGGAGAUAGGGGCUUCAGCAGCGCAGCGUUUCCCUCUAGAGCUCCACGCAGCGUGGAGGAAACGCUUUAGUCUUUAGAGCUGCAGAUCACCCCAACUCCCGCCGCCAGCCAUUGACUUGGACGGGCUCAGGCUUUGGAGCUGAAGAAUUAAGAUAUUCUCCUCACGCACCAGAUAGGCCACAAGUACAGGCAGGUCAUCUGAGAGGGCACAUGCAAAGAGUGAUGAUUUCACCGCAUGCAAGGUCAAUCUUCCUGCAAAUAAAUUAAUUGAUGAGGUUUUUCUCCCUUCAUUUUACCAGUGAUCUUUGCUUGAUUUUAUUUUUCCCUGCAUAUAAGAGACUAUAGCUAUUUCCUGAAACAUUUCAAUUGUCAUAAUCACGGCAGGAACAUAAAAAAAUAUUUUCAAGUUUAACUGGAGCAGAAUUCAUCUCUCUCAUAUCCAUUAUAUUGUUCGGAUAACAAUAGUAGGAGCAGAUACAGUUAGUGUCACCAAGUACAUUCUACAGAUAAACAAUGGAAGAUGCAAUUACCUGACUUGAUUUUAGUUUUUACAAAUCAUAGAUGAAUGAUUUAGCUAUUGGCCAAAAAAAAUAGAAUACAAUACUGAUUAUAUUAGUAUUUAGGCUCAAAGUUUGUGUGACACAUCACUUGUAUUUCAGUAAAAUCGUGGUGCUAAUCCAUGUUCUCAUAUCAUUGCUCAUGCCAAUUCUUUGAUGUUCCAACACCACUUGAGAUUAGAAUUGCAAAGUUUUAUGCUGGUUAAUCUAUAAACAGAGUAAUCUUGCAAUGCUCCAAAGCAUAGUGGCAUAAUCAUUUAUAGUACUGACACGCUAUUGGUACUAACAUGCUUUGACAAAUGUUUUUUGUCUUCAAGCUUUCCUUUACUCUUAUCAGAGCUUAUUUUAGAUAUUGGUCUUGUGUAUGUUUUAUUUACCUAGAAUGAUAUCACUUCUCUAUCCUGUUAGAGGCAGUCUUGAAGAAUUUUAUUUUGGAUGCCGCAAUGCUUCGCUUACUUUUGAUGCCUCCCUGAAUGUAUGUGUAUGCCUUCAUGAUUUCGUUUAAUGCCCAAGGCCUCAAGGUUUCGCUAACUUUCAGAAUAGUACAAGUUUCCAUUAUUGCCUUUUUUUAAAUUUCUCUCAUAAUUAUUCCUGUUUGUGAAUUAGAUUAUUUUAUAUAUGUUAGAAGUUUAAUUUGCAUAGCUGAGUGCAUUGGAAAGAUAGUUUUAACUAUACUGUCUGAAAAUGCAAAUUAUAUCAUUUUAUAAGGUCCAACCUGUAGCUCGAUUCAUUUGACUACAAGAAUAUGUACAAAAUUGCAGUAGCUCAGGUUAUAUUCUUAUGCAGUGCCUUUUUUGUUUACUUCUCUUUUGAAUGUCUCGAUUUCAAUGGUCAUUUGGUUUGCAUGCUUCACUGCAGGUUGCCUUGGAUCCUGAAAGCGAUGAUGUAGCAGUGGAUAGUGAAAAGACGCUACACAUGUAUCCAUUUCUCAGUGAGCUUAAAAAAAUGUACUUUGGUUGGCUCCUAAAGAGAUCAUGGCAACUUCAUUUUCUUCCCCUCUACAGACUUGCAGGAGUGUGGUCAUUACACCAGUUUUUUAUUCAGACCUCACAUAUUCUACCUGCAUGUAGUUUACUUUUAGUUCA